UCACUUGUCAGCUGAGAGAGUUAUCUCCAAAGAAAUUGGAAGAGAGGAAAAUUAUCAAAUAAAACUAUUUUUGUUGAAUAGAAUGAUGUAAUAAUAAUCCAGUUUCAGAAUAUUAUGUGAAACACGUUUGUCUACGUGAGAUAAUUCUACAACAGAUGACUGUUGGAUAAUAUACAAGAACUACAAAAACAUCGACAAUAUUUUCAAUCUGCGAUAUUUUUAACCAAAAAUCAGUUUUCGUAAAUUUUCGUUCCGAGCGUGAUAAUUGAUUAUAUUCGAGCAUGCAAAAUGUGAAGUUAGUCGCCGCCGGAGCUAAUUGACCGAUUACACCUCAUUUUUGCGUUGCCGUACCACAGUAGCAUUAGCGUACGGAGCGCGUAUCGUCCGUUUACGUAACAGCUUUACAAGGCGCAUCUGACAAGUGUUUAGAUCGAACAAGGAGGAUACAAGAGGACUAGCCAGUAGCCGAAAACGCUCCUUCUGUAAAUUUAAUUCGACUUAUUCGAACGACAACAUGCUAUCGGCGAUAUGUGCACGGACAGGGCCCGCCGCCCGGGCCCUGGAGCGCUGCGCCUCGAGCGUGGUGGAGCUGCCCAAGCUGCCGGAGUUCGGCGUGGCCAACGAGCCCGUGCUGGGCUACCGCGCCGGCAGCCAGGAGCGCGCCGCGCUGGCCGAGGAGCUCAAGCGCACCGCCGCCGUCACCGAGGAGGUGCCCAUCGUCAUCGGCGACGAGACCAUCCGCGACGGCGAGCCGCGCUACCAGGUCAUGCCGCACGACCACUCGCGCAAGAUCGCCAAGUUCUACUACGCCAGCGAGAAGACCAUCAAGAAGGCCAUCGAGGUGUCGUCGGAGGCGCAGCGGCGCUGGGACCGCACACCGCUGGAGGAGCGCGUCCGCAUCUGGCAGAAGGCGGCCGACAUGAUGGCGGGCGAACACCGCCAGAAACUCAACGCCGCGACCAUGCUGGGCCAGUCCAAAUCGGUGGUGCAAGCCGAGAUCGACUCUGCCGCAGAGCUCAUCGAUUUCUUCAGGUUCAAUGUUUUCUUCUUGAAAGAGAAUGCAAAAUACCAACCGAUUUCUGAGACUCCUUCGGUCACCCUUAACUCCUUGAGGUUCCGAGGAAUUGACGGCUUCAUUGCAGCCAUUAGCCCCUUCAACUUUACUGCUAUUGGUGGUAAUUUAUCUUACACGCCCGCUCUUAUGGGUAACGGAGUCCUGUGGAAGCCCUCCGACACGGCCCUUCUAUCCAAUUGGAGAAUUUUUAACAUCAUGAGGGAAGCCGGUCUGCCCUCUGGUAUUGUGAACUUUGUCCCGGCAGAUGGACCAACUUUUGGCCGCACCAUCACUGCCUCGCCUCAGCUAGCGGGCAUUAACUUCACUGGAUCCGUGCCCACAUUUAACUGGUUAUGGAAUGAAGUUGGAAAAAAUCUCAAUGUUUACAAAAACUAUCCUCGCUUGAUUGGUGAAUGUGGAGGUAAAAAUUAUCAUUUCAUUCACCCUACUGCUGAUGUGAAUUCUGUAGUGACCUCAACCAUACGAUCAGCUUUUGAGUACUGUGGACAGAAGUGCUCUGCUUGUUCCAGAAUGUAUGUUCCCAGGUCUCUUUAUGAACCGAUAAAGAAUGGCCUUCUCGAGGAGCGUGCCAAGCUCAAGAUCGGAGACCCCACCGAUUUCAAAGUGUUCAGUGGAGCAGUGAUUGACGAUAAAGCCUUCGCUAGGAUCACCGGCUACAUCAAAAACGCGAAGAACAACCCCAAAAACAAAAUUCUCGGGGGAGGAGAAUUUAAUGGCAGCAAAGGUUACUUCGUUCAACCCACAAUCAUUGAGACCACUGACCCUCAUGACAAACUGAUGGUCGAGGAAAUAUUUGGGCCGGUGCUCACUAUCUAUGUCUACGAGGACAAGGACCUCACCAAGGCAUUAUCUCUGGUGGGCUCUUCCACCAAAUUUGCUUUAACGGGAGCAGUGUUUGCAUCAGACAGGAAAUUCUUGGAAACUGCAUUGGAGGAGCUAAAGAUGACCGCUGGCAACUUCUACAUAAAUGAUAAGUCAACUGGAUCGGUGGUCGGCCAGCAACCAUUCGGCGGCGGCCGCAUGUCCGGCACCAACGACAAGGCGGGUGGACCCAACUACGUCAUGCGCUGGACAACACCACAGUCCAUUAAGGAGACCUUUGUACCACUGAAAGAUAUCGACUACCCAUACAUGAGAGAUUAAGAUUUCCUUGUGUCUAGCUGGUCUAGUCUGACCUAAUAUCAUGGAAUGCAAACUUCAGUAGACAUAGAGAUUUAAGUACAUGUAAUUUUAUAGUUUAUUAGCUUUAGAAAUGUUUAAGCAGUAACUUUAGCGAGCCAAACACAAGUAUUACAAUAAUGCUAUAGAUAAAGCAUAUAAUAUUAUUACAUUAUGUAAUUGCAAACUUUAUUCUAAACAGACAAUAUUUAAUGUAAUGUCCACCAGCUGUGUAAAAUUAACACAAAUAAUAUCAAUACAAAUUAUAAACUACUUGGUACCUUACGAAUUACGAUGUAACUGUAGAUGUGUGUAGGAUCUGUUCACUGAUGUGAUAUGUAUUAUUUAAUGUAUUUUUAGGCUAAUAAU